AAAUUGUUGUCACAAUUUAAAUCUUACGGGAAUAUAGUUACAGAGGCGAGCAGGGGAGUAGAUUGUACGUAAUAUAUGAAACUUCAUCAAAUCAUUGUAGCUGGCGGGUUCCCAAUUUAAUGACUGCUCAUAGGCUCAGAAAAUAUUCAACUCCGCCAUAUGCACGGCGUACUUCAGUUCAGAAAUUACGCGUACCUCAAGAUCCCCGACGGUCUACCGCAGAGCUAGCUAGCUAAACAUGGCUACUGCACUCUCCUCAAGACCGUGCGAUAGUAACCCUGCAACUCCAGGAGCUCAAUCUGUAAAGGAAGAUGCAGAGGAGGUCUCGAAUGAUGGGAGUCAAGCUCCAAAAAGGCGGCGCAUGGGAUCAGGCGACAGCUCCAGAAGUUGUGACACUUCUAGCCAGGAACCAGGAUCCGCAUACUUCCCUGCAGAGAACCUGACAGAAUACAAGUGGCCUGCAGAUGACAGUGGGGAGUACUACAUGUUACAGGAACAAGUCAGUGAAUAUCUGGGAGUCACCUCAUUCAAGAGGAAAUAUCCAGACUUGGAAAGGAGGGACCUGUCCCACAAAGAGAAGCUCUAUCUGAGGGAACUGAACGUCAUCACAGAGACACAAUGCACCCUGGGUCUGACAGCAUUAAGGAGUGACGAGGUAAUCGAUCUGAUGAUCAAGGAGUACCCUGUCAAACAUGCUGAGUACUCAGUCAUUCUGCAGGAGAGAGAGCGACAAAGGAUAGCUAAAGAGUACUCCGUAAGUACUCUCACCACUAAAAUGCAGCAACAAAACCCUCAGAAAGUGGAGGCCAGUAAGGUACCAGAGUACAUCAAAAAAGCUGCCAAAAAGGCUGCCGAGUUCAACAGCAACUUCAACAGGGAGAGGAUGGAAGAGAGAAGAGCCUACUUUGACCUUCAGACACACAUAAUCCAGGUACCUCAGGGCAGGUACAAGGUGCUGGCCCCAGAGAGGACCAAGACAGGCCCCUACCCUGUGGCCCUUAUCCCUGGACAGUUCCAAGACUACUACAAGAGGUACUCCCCUAACGAGCUGCGCUACCUGCCCCUGAACACGGCCCUCUUCGAGCCCCCGCUGGACCCCGAGCUGCCCGCCCUGGACAGCGACGGCGACUCAGACGAUGCCGAGGACGCCAAGGAAGGAGACAAGAAGACCAAGGCCUCCUCAGACAGCUCGUCCGGAAACACGUCCGACGGGGACAGCCAGGACGGCAGAGGGCAGACCAAGGGCAAAGCCAAGGACAGAACUGGCACAUCCGCCAAGGAUGCCACCCCGCGACCCGGCCAACAGAAACCUACCCUCGGGUACAAGCCUAAGGUCAUUGCCAAUGCUAUAUGUGGCAUUUGCCAGAAGGGUAAGGAGUCCAACAAGAGAGGCAAGCCAGAGGGACUCAUUCACUGCUCACAGUGUCAAAACAGCGGCCACCCAUCCUGUCUGGACAUGAGUGUGGAGCUGGUGAGCCUGAUCAAGACGUACCCGUGGCAGUGUAUGGAGUGCAAGACCUGCACCGUUUGUGAGCAGCCGCACCACGAGGAAGAGAUGAUGUUCUGCGACAAGUGUGACCGAGGAUUCCACACCUUCUGUGUCGGAGUGGACUCCAUCCCACUGGGGCUCUGGGUGUGUGAGGUGUGUGACAAAGGGUUCUCAACUCCUAAGAAGAAACGAGGACCCAAGACGCCACGGAAAUCCAAGUCUGCUCACAAGUAGACAUGGAGCCACAGGAACUCAACUGCUCAAACCUCAAUGAAUUUAUAGUGUCGUUUUUUGGUGCUUUUAUGACGUCUAAUAUUAUUUUAUUUUACGGGAAUAUGAACUUGUGUUAUCGUGCUGUAUAUACAGUAAAUGCUCCUGAUCACUUAAUCUUUUUUACAUCAUACCACUGAAGUUCUCAUUAUGUCAUUAAAAUCAGUUGUUUUA